AUGAUCAAGUAUUUAUAGUAAAGCUAUUAAUGGAAUGGUCACUACACGGGAGUGGAGAUCCUAAAUAUAAAUGAAAAUUCUGAUGUGCUAAUCCUUAACAGUGAAAACUUCAGUGCUGUCCUAAAGGAUAUAAUAAAAGUAAAUCUGUCUGCAUUUCACAUGGAUAAUUACACCAGUGAUGAAGACAUAGACGAUGAGUUUGACACCCAGCUCAUCAUUCAACAGAGUUUACAGGAUAUUCACAAGCCGGAAACUACACAGCAGUCACCUGAAGAUGAGAGCUUUUUGAUUGCAGACUGUAAGAGGAUAGUUGAAACCAUAGAGACAGGUAAGGAAGAUGUACUGUCAGGGUUGACCAAGUACCAUUCUGCUUUUGAUGAAGCAGAUGAGAUAGGCUGGCUUCCUCUACAUAAGGCUGCAGUGCAAUUAAAUAAGAACAUUUUGGAAAUAACCCUGAAAGCUUCAAAACCCAGUGUGUGGGAGCAAACCACCCACAAUGGUGAAACACCACUUUUUUUGGCUGUCAGCAAUUGCCUCUUAGAAAAUGUCUGUUUUCUUCUUCUCAAUGGCUGCAAUCCAAAUGCCAAGAAUGUCGAAGGCAAUUCUCCUCUUCUUACAGCUGUUCUACAGGACUCCUACAAUAUGGCCGCCUUGCUGAUCGGCCAUGGAGCAGAUGUCAAUCUGCGGUGUGCCAACGAGAGGACAGCUCUCCACGAAGCAGCCAGACUGGGCAGACGGGACAUAGUGAAGCUCCUGCUGGUUUCUGGGGCACACCCUGACCCAAAGAGCUCCUAUGGAUUCACUCCUCUUGCUCUUGCUGCCCAAAGUGGACACACUAAAAUCAUGGAACUAUUACUGCAGAAAGGAGCUAAUGCUCUUGGUCAGGCCUCUGAUUCUUCUUCCAUCUUACUUGAAGCAGCUAGUGGAGGAAAUCCAGACUCAGUGACUCUCUUGCUAGAGUAUGGAGCUGAUGCCAACAUCCCUAAGAAUUCAGGCUACCUGCCCAUUCAUGUGGCAGCUGACAGGGGCCACUUGUUAGCUCUGAAGAUUUUGGUUCCAGUUACGGAUGUUGCUGCCAUUAAGCGGAGUGGCAUCAGUCCAGUUCACUGUGCAGCAGCAGGAGCACACCCCAAAUGCCUGGAACUUCUCAUCCAGGCUGGAUUUGAUGUGAAUUUCAUGCUAGAUCAGAGAAUUCGCAAACACUAUGAUGACCACAGGAAGUCAGCUUUGUAUUUUGCUGUAUCAAAUGGUGACCUCUCUUCAGUUAAGCUGCUUCUGAGUGCUGGAGCUCUGCCUAAUCAAGACCCAGUUAACUGCCUCCAGAUAGCCCUAAGGAUGGGCAACUAUGAGCUGAUAAGCCUGCUGCUACGGCAUGGGGCCAACGUUAAUUACUUCUGCAAAGUCAACCCUUUACAUUUCCCAUCAGCACUUCAAUACACGCUGAAAGAUGAAGUCAUGCUCAGGAUGCUGUUGAAUUAUGGGUACGACACAGAGCGAUGCUUUGAUUGUCCUCAUGGAGACAAAGUUCAUCCUUUCUAUACUUUUGAAGGCUGGACAUCUACAGUUAUCAAAGAUACUAUGUUCUGCGAAGUAAUAACUUUGUCAUGGCUGCAACAUCUCUCUGGAAGGGUUGUUCGAGUGAUACUUGAUUAUGUUGAUCAAGUUAGGAUCUGUUCAAAGUUGAAAGCUGUGCUCCAAAAACAGAGGCUCUGGUCAGAAAUCCAUUUUAUCUUGACAAACCCUCGCUCCCUGAAACAUCUGUGCCGCCUCAAGAUCCGGAAGUGUAUGGGACGUUUACAUUUGCGCUGCCCCAUCUUCAUGUCAUUUCUUCCGUUACCCAAUCGUCUAAAGGCAUAUGUCCUUUACAAAGAAUAUGACCUUUAUGAACAAGGAAUUUUCACGGGAACCUGGUAAUCAAACUAUUCUGGAUGAAAAGGACAACAAACUGCCCCUCACUACUGGCUUGGUUUGGUCUACUGGAAGCAGCUAUCAACCGACUUUGUUCUUCUAAGUCCUAGUGGAAAAGACAGAAAAGAAACUUAAAGUUAAUUGUUUGCAAUCAAAUAGGAAACUAAGCAGUUAAAUACAUAUUUGAGAGCCACUUCAA